AUGUCGAGCAUUAAGAAAAUCUUCCACCGCGCCCGUGAAUCCAUAUCCUCGAAGGGCUCUAUCCGCGCCAAGUCCCCCGACUCAUCGGGUGUCUUCAGGCCGAAUACCAAUGGUCAUGCGCAUCCUCUCUUCAAUGGAAACAGCCGCGCAACGUCAACAAGAAUAGUCGGAGAUUCCGUUGAAACAGCCUUCAUCGGAAGGGAGCAGGAGACUGUCGUUCAGGAGAAAGUCAAUCGAGCGCAGGAACGCGAGAAACACGACGAGCAGGAGGAGACGGAGUGCAAGGAACACAGAAAACGCUUGCACGAUGAGGGCCCGUUGCGCAAUAACUACGGCGAACUCCCGCUGAACAUGUCCCAGGUCGAGCUCCGGGGCUUGAAGACGCCCUGGGUCAAGCUUACGGGAUUAGAGGCCUAUUGCAAGUCCGAGCAGGCGCGUGGGGUCUUCGGCCACAAGCUCAACCUCGCCUGGUGGCAGUGGAAGACCACGUCGUUCGUUUCCUCACCGACGGAGACAGACCUAGACAGACAUGAGAAGAUUCGCGGUUCUGUUGUGAUCUGGGUGGGUGUUCGUCCCGAUUCGCUCCACGCUGAGGAUGCCUUCCAUUCGGCCAACGAUAUCCUUCGGCUUCUCGAGGGCUUCGACAUCGUCAACGUUGAGGUCGAAUACCGCGAGUCCCUCUACAAGCGGUCGGUCGGCCCAGCACUUCUCCGCUCCGUUUUGAGUCUCAACACUACCGUCGACGGUCGCGGUCCCCUCACUCCCGCUCUCGGACCCAUCGCUACCUUUGAAAGGCCCGACGCCGAGGGCACCAUGGGGCUCUACUUCGCUGAGGGUGGUGACAGCAACAAGGUAUUGGGUCUUACCUGUCACCACGUCCUCCUCAAGACGGACGCGACAACCAUCGACGACUACGUAUUCUCGGGCGUCGGUGCACCUCGCAAGAACGUCCAGCUUCUCGGCACUCGCGCCUUCGACAAGCUUCUCAGUGCCAUCAAGACGCGUAUCAGUCGUCACGGUAUGAUGGUCGGUCACCACGAGCAGCAGAUCAAGAGGCUGGAGGCGAGGGUGGAUGAUGCCUACGAGGAAGAUGUUGCAGAGGCGGGGAAGAAGCUGGAGAAGACUCAGGCCCAGUUGGAGGACGCGAACAAGGCGAUUGAGGACCUUGAAAAGUUCUACGAGACGGUCAAGGAGGACUGGGGCCAGGCCAGCCAGCGCAUCAUCGGCCACAUCCGCUCCUCCCCUGCCGUCUCCUUCAAUGUCGGUCCCAAGGGCUUCACCGAAGACUGGCGCGCGAUCGAGCUCGACGGUCCCAAGUUCAGGGAUGCGUUCAAGGGCAACUUCAUUGAUCUUGGGACGGAGAUCGAGCCCGACAUUUUCAUCAUGAAAAUGUAUCCCCACGGCGGCCAUACGACCUUCAAAUACCCCUACAACCGUCUCCUUCCACUCCGCGACAUGAUCACCGAGGAGCGUAUGCGCGAGCCCGACACGCUCGACAACGAAAACGAGGCCUGUUCCCUCGUCAUCAAGAACGGGGCCGCUACUGGUGUCACCAUCGGGCGUGCGACGGGACUCUUCUCGUUCGUCCGCGACGACGUCUUCGGUCACGAAUCCAUGGAGUGGGCUAUCUAUAACUACGGCGACCAGUACUCUGGCGUGUUCGCGGCCCCUGGCGACUCCGGGUCGAUCAUCGUCGACGGACUUGGUCGCAUUGGUGGUCUUCUUACUGGCGGUACCGGCAAGACCGACACCUCGGACGUGACUUAUGCCACGCCCAUGCGUCGCGACGACAAGAGCGGCAUCGCUGACAGCGGCGAGCCCUUCUCACUUCAUCUUUGA